AUGGCAGGCGAACGACAGGCAGCCGACGCUAUUCGAUUUUAUGAUUCAAAAUCAUGGGAUUACGAUGCCACCUGGCACAACGACUUCACAAAGCGGUUCAUGACGUACCUUGAUAUACAGCCUGGCCAAGAAGUACUGGAUCUAGCAUGCGGCACAGGACUGUUGACAUUCCGCGAGGCAGAAGCUGUGGGAUCCAAAGGGCAAGUCGUGGGUGUGGACGUCACUCCCGGAAUGCUUGCAGUCGCUACUCACAGGAAGACUCAAGGUGGCGACAAAUACGCAAAUACAACCUUCAUCAAGGGUGAUGUUCUACAUCUGGAUGAAACAGAAGAGCUCAAGGGAAAGAAGUUUGAUGUCAUCACGGUAGCUUCUGCCUUGGUCUUGUUUCCCGACCCACAAGCUGCGAUCGAGCAUUGGGUGGAGUUCCUGAAGCCUGGAGGCAUGAUUGCGCUAGAUGCGACGCAUCCACGAAACCUGGUGUCCGGAAUGGUGCUCGAAAGGGUCGCACGCAGACUGGAACUACCCAUCCCAUAUAAUCGCUCAUGGAGUAAAUCUGAGGAUACCCUCAAGCAAACGCUGGAGUCUGCAGGUCUAGAGGUAGACCAGACCAUCACCGUCGAGAACCAAGCGGGAUAUGGUCGAAGAUUCUAUGAGAUGGAGCAAUGGGAUGAUUUCUUCGUCGAGAAUGUCAUCGUCAAGGAUGUUGCGAGAACCUUUGCGAAUAACGACAUCAGAAGGAAAGCUCAAGGCAUCUACAAAGAAGAGUGGGAGAAGCUGGCCAUCGACGGUAAAGUGGAGGAGGUGGAUUCGGUGUUUCUCGGUAUCGCACGGCGGCUGAAGCACAUUUUUCUUCGCGAGAAGGCGCCAUGGUUUGUUUUGCCAGAUGACGGCACUGAGCCCACUGAGCGUUGGGGAACUUCGGAGGUUGCGCACCUAGUGCAGCAAGUAGAGGGCUUGCAUGUAGCGGCGGGAUGA